UUUCUACGAAGUACAAUGCGAAAUACUAUUAUCGAAGAACUAUUCGAUCAGAGACAUGAAAAUGUAACUUCCGAACAAGACAUUCCCAUUUCUGAAUGGCCUCGAUUUCCAUCGUUUGAUGAGCUGGCACUUGAAGAACAAGACCUUCCUUCUGAAGAGGAGUUGUUGAUACAGAAAAUAAGAAGACACAUGGUUUACAACCUAUGUGGGUACUUAUUGUACUCUAGGAAGUAUUUACUGAAAUGUGAAGAUUGCCUAAAUACCCUCGAAACGUCUUUGGAAUUGCUGCCCCCUGAUUUUUAUGAAGCAAUUGCAACAAACAGAAAGGAUCGUGGUGGUCUAAAGUAUUGCAUCAAAAAAAUGUUCGACUUGUUCAUAAUUGUUGAAGAAGCUUAUCGGGCAGAGGUUGAAUUAGGGAAAUUGAACAUCCUGGACUGGUUUGAAAGAUCGAUGGAAACUCUGGGUGUGCUGGUGAAGGAAAAUAAAUUCAAUCCCACCAUUUGCUGCAACACACACCGGAAGGAACUUGUCGGAAAAUUAGUUUUGGAGUAUUUAAUCAUCAGAAAUUACUUGGAAACUAAAAAGUGGUUAAAGAAUUCAGUCAACAAUCAAAGUCAAAAUCACUGCGUAAACAAGCUAAAGUGAUCUCUUAGUCUCUUUUUCUUUGUUUCAUUUUACCGUACUGCCGUUCUUAGUUUCUUACUGACUAAUGUACAGAUGAAGAAACAAUUCAAGCAAUAAAACGCGUUCAAAAUGUGUUAAAACCUAGUUGUUUGAUUAUUUAAUUACCGAUAUAUCGUCGUUGUAGUUUUCACACAAUAAAAACAAACAGAAACUGAGUAAAUGACGGCUGGCUAAGAUGGUUCUUCUGCUUGA